GUUCGUUUCGUAUCUCUCAUUCCACAUUUUUCUAGAAGUUACUUCGACGCUACUUGUCUCGUGUCACCAACCGAACGACUUCCUUGAGAAAGCAAACAAUUUCUUUCAUCUUCAACUUCGUCCUGACCAAUUCGAUAUUGCAUUGGUCUCAUAAAUAAGUCUAGAGCGGCCACAUAGCUUCCAGAAGCCUCUAAUUUUCCCCUCGUUGUUGCUCUAUCUGUCAUAACGUAUUCUCAGAAACUACAAUGGCGGAGUCCGACUGGAAUGAAGUCACUUACAUUGGUAAGAGAGCGAAAGCUGGACAGCUUAGAUCGAAACAGGCUGUUACUACUGCUCAAAGAACAGGUGCUGCUGUGGAGACUACUAAACGAUUCAGUGCUGGUCAAAACAAGCAACACGCUGCUAACAUUAAUGCAAACAAACUCGACCAAGAAACUGAGGAGCUGCACAUCAGUAAAGUUAGCAUUGAUGUGUCUCGGCUCAUUCAACAAUGUCGACAAAGGUGUAACAUGACCCAAAAAGAACUGGCCACUAAAAUAAACGAAAAACAGCAAGUGAUUAAUGAAUAUGAAUCUGGAAAAGCAGUGCCAAACCAGCAAAUUCUUGGUAAAUUGGAACGAGCUUUGGGCACAAAAUUGCGUGGCAAAGACAAGGGCAAACCAUUUACCAAAAAGUAGCAGCAGUUCCCCUCUUGUACACCUGCCAUCACUGUUGAUGUUUUUUUUUAUUUUAAACUAAGUGGUGUAUUUUUUUUUGAAAUCUUCUUCAAGAUUAAGUCAGAUUGUUGCAUUUAUUCCUUGUGGCAAUACUCUCUCUUUUUUUUUUAAGUAAAAAAAAAAAAAGGCCAAGUUAUGUUUGUGAUUACAGUCUGAAAUAUCUAUUGCUUGGAUAAAAAAAUAAUAGCAGCUAAAAACUAAUUCCUUCACUUUGCAAUGAUCUCUUUUUUUUUUCCCACUUGGCGUGAUUGGACAUUUACCAAUAUUUUUUUUUUUUUCGCUGCUCUAAUUAAACACAGCUAGAAAUUUUUGACAAAAAAAAAAUUUUAAUGCUAAUUAUAAUAA